AACACGCAGAAGGUGAUCAGCUGUUUGCUUGACCUGGGAAUUGCGAAACUUCAUCUCGUGCACGCAUUAAUUGUAUGAACAAUGUGUUCGCACGCAUGUAAACACAGGAGUAUCAGAGAGACGAGCUCAGCUAAAGGUUAUUUAGCUGCCAAGUUACAGAAGACGAAAUUAUCAAAUUUGAGUGUUUGCUUUCUCCAGUCUAUACCACAACAAAAUUCCAUUGAACCACACUUAAGACGUUUCUGAUGUUAUGGUCCGAAGUCUAUUGAUUCUUUAACAUAUGAUUUGAAUCUCAGCUGAAGAAAACAUUUCCAUAAUGCCAUCCAACUCAAAUGACCGAGAUCUUGAAGCCAUGGCUGAUACUGCACGUACCAGCCACCCAACAAUGCUUGUUCAUGCUCAUUCCAGCCAAUAUAGAGGAGGUUCUGUUGGUAUUGGGGCCCAGCUCACCCCAGCAGGUAGCUAUGUACCCCUUACCCCCUCUGCCAAUGCCUACCACAACUACAACUCCAGCGUUGGUAAGAUGACUGGGCUUCUGCAAAUUCUUUGUGGCUCAGUAUCAUCUGUGAUGGGGCUACUGGCCCUGGUGUUGCAUUCACACAAAUACUUCAUGGAUCUACCCUUGUGGGCUGGACUGCUGUAUCUCUUUGGAGGUGUAUUUGGUGUGUCAACUACAAAACAACAGACAUUCAUGGUUGGUCUGUAUCUAGUCUUUUCCAUUGUCUCAAGUUUGUCAUCUUCAGUGGUUGUUGUUACACAGGGUCAUGCUACAUUUAUGGAAGCAAACACAUGUGAAUGUUCUAUUUUACAGAGCACCCAUAUGUUGUACGAUGCUACUGCUGCCCUAGUGUCAUGCCUGGAGCUCCUCGUGACCUGUGUAGCCAUCUAUCAUUGCCUCUUAGGUCUUGGUUGUUGUAGCUGCUGCCAGGGUCCCAUUCCCAGGGAACCAAGAAAUGGCAUUUCACAUCCUCCAACCAUGAUGGAUUUCAGCAACAUUCCUCUCCCUCCCGCCCCCAUCUACCCUGUCCUACCCCCAGAGGGCUCAGAGAAAGUGCCCCUUGAGUGAGAAGGAUGUUAUGUAAAAUGGGCCAUCAUACCACCACCCCUAUGAUGAAGACUAUAGGGGCGGGGUAAAACAGCUCAUGGUUUAAAUCAGGAAAGAUGUGUAGAAGCUGUACUUAAGAUUUCAAAGUUCAGUUUAUCAUACUAUUCUUUUGGGAUCGCAUAAAUGAAGAGGAUGUAAUAUGCUAUUCUUCAGCUCCAUACUUGCUUAGCACCAAAGUCGAUGUGCUGUAUAAGAUUCAUUAACACUUUGUAAUGAGUAUAUUGUGUUUAUUUAUGCUGGCACUUCUUAGUUAAACUAUGUUUAAUGAAUGUGCAUGCACUGUUGGUGCGGCAAGUUUGAUCUCUGCAUUCUUUUAGGAAUAAAUGGCAAGUGGCAUUAGUCUUGGCCAAAGAAGUGGAUGUAUGAGGUCUUUUGCAGGAAGAUGGAGGGCAGUUUGAGAAUGCCGAAUGAAUAAUCUUUAAAGUCUGAUGUCAUUGAUUAUUUGUUUAUGGGGCUGGAUAUAAAUUGACAUGUAGACAUGUAGAAAAUGUAUUCAAAAUGGCACAAACGAUAAUUCUAUAAUUCUGUGUUUGGAUAUUGCUUUAUAAAUCUUCCACAAUGCUUCAAACAACCAGGGAUCAUUUCAUGAAGGGUCUUGUCAGUUAUUUUUAUUGACAAAUAUGAUUUUAGUCAAUCAAGGGCCCGUUUCAUAAAGAGUUGCAUCUGUUGUAUCUUUGCCAUUAUGGCAACUACCCUGGCAACAGGGCUCAGCAGCCAAUCAAAAUCAAGGUUACAUAGUAGUUGCCAUAAUGGCAAAGUUACAACAGUUGCAAUUCUAUAUGAAACGGGCCCCAGGUUCAAGGAUUCAGUAGCCUAUUUGCAUCAUCAGUGAUGUUUUCUCCUUCAUGAAAUGCUAGCCAGCUUUGUUAUGAUCAUCUAAGAUCACAUCCCUGAGGCAACCUUUUCUUCCACAACAAUUUUUCCAGAAAUUUCCAAUCUCAUUGUGGCGAUUUAAUUCUUGACUUGUAUUGUUUUUUUUUCUAAUUUUUUAUAUUAAAAAAAUUCUCAAUCUGUGAGCUACAAUGCCAUUUUCAAGUGCUAAGGUCUUAAAGUCAAUGUUGAUAGUUUUAAGUGGCAUUGAACUAUUCUCUUCAUCUUAUAAGAUGUAAAUAAAAUGAUUGAAUAUAAUGCUCAUGACUCUGAAAUUUCAUUUACGAUGUCUUUUAGGACCCAAUUUUUCAAUGUAGUAAACUAAAAUAAAAAGGAAAACAAUCCCCUUCCGUGUUUUGGCCAGUUUAAAUUUUGCAAUUAGCUAUUAAUUAAAGUCAGACCAUCAUUCUUUGAUUCACUAUUUAUCUGAAUAUAUUAAAAUGCCUCAACACUACAAGUACAUUAUAGAAAAUAACUUUUAUCUGCACACUGCAAGCAACAAAGCUGAAUAGAUUUAUAAUGAAUAUGAAAAAAAAUAAAUGUGCUAACAAUUUCAAGAAAUAUGUGCUAACAAUUUAAAGAAGCAAUGGUUAUAAUUGAAUCAAUCUCAUUGACACGUUGAAAAAACUUGGUUUAUUACUAAAUUCAUGUUAAUCGUUCCUUUGCUUCUCACCACUCUGAUAAUUUGAUAAAAGAAGUGUAACCCUACUUUUGUCUUUGAAAGACCUGAGCCUUGUAUUAUCAAUCAACCUCUAUCUCAAUUGAGAGCCAGUGAUACCAUAGAUCUAUUAGUCCAGGAUAGGCCCCAUAGACAAGGGGUCGAACCUUGUUUUUUUAGAUAUACAAUGUUUUUUAAUGGUUUCUUGUCAAUUCGAGGGUGCUGAUUCCGAAUCUGAAUGAUGCCACUUUUGUAACCUUGAGCAUUUUCCGCAAAUUGGCAAAAUCCAAUAUGGCCGCCAAAAUAUGCAAACUACCCAUGAAAAUCAUAAAAUUGCCCACACAUUAGCUAUAAAAUGCAUGUAGUUGUUGUGCAGAAGUGAAAUACCAAUUGGAAAAGCGAUAUUUGACAAAAUAUAUAUUUCAUUGAUAUUCAAAAUGGCCGCCAUAACCCCUGUAUACUUUAUUAUGUAGAAUAUGAAUGGGGAAAAAUAUUUUUUCAACAAGAGCACUAUUAUUGCAUGUGAUUGUGACCUGCGAGUGGACUACUGUCUGAAAACAUUACUAUUAACAAAACUAUGCCAUUUUUAUACUAUCUAAUGUGAUAAAUGCUGUAUUAUGAUAUUCAAAAUGGCUGUCAUAGACCCCUUAUACUGUGUACAAUAUAUAAAAGGGGACAAAUAAUUUUCACAACCUUUGAAUUUGUUUGACUUUAAAAUGCCAAUAACUGCGAAAUAUUGGUGUAACACUGUCUGACAACAAGGAUUUCUAACGAAACAUAUCAUUUCUCUUGCAAUUUCGGUAAUUAUGCUGCAUGUUGACAUUCAAAAUGGCUGCCAUAGGCCCUAUCUGUAUUAUGAACAAAGCGAAUGAAGAAACUAAUUUUCACAAGAGUAAAAACAAUAAAAUGAAUGUAAUUGUAAUCUACGAGUGAAAUAUUGUCUAAAAACAUGUUUUCUGGCGAAACAUAUCAUUUCCUUUUUCAUGCAUGAGAUAAAUGCUGUAUUGUAAAAUUCAAAAUGGCCCAUAUGGGCCCUUACAGUAUUAUCUACAAUGUAAAUGGGAUAAAUAUUUUUGAAAGAAUUAGGAUUUGCCUGACUAUGAAAUCCAUAUAAUUCUGUUGUAUAAGGAAAAUAUUGUUUGAAAACGUGAUUUUUUAAAUGAAAUAUAACAUUUCCUCUCCCAUGUAGGUGAUAAAUACUGUAUUUUGACUUUCAAAGCGGCUGCACAAGCCCCUACAAAUUAUGUAACAUGCGUAUAGGGAAACUAAUCAUCACCAGAAUGAGAACCAAAAACGCACGUAACUAUGUGAUGUAUAGGUAAAAUUUGGUCUUGAACAUGAUUUCUGACUAAAUACAUAAUGGUUGAGAAGGUAAUAAAGGCCUUACUUUGAAAUUCAAAAUUGCUGCCAUAGCCCAAAGUAGUAUGUACAUUGUAACUGGGGAUAGAUAAUUUUGACAAAAUUUU